ACUAGUAGAUAGUAGAUUUCUAUGUCGCUCCAAAGCAAGAAACCCUUCGGAAAAAGAAAAGAGAGAAACUUGUACGCAUAGAAUGAAAAGAAAUAAGAAAUGUUACUUUGCAAAAGAAUCACAAACUAUUCAUUCAUUUGGGGUUUGUUAAAGAACAUAGCUUUCUGUUAAUUUCACCAUUCAUUCAAAUCGUUCAUAAUCAAUGGACAUUCUGGGUCAUCAACAGGAGCGAAAGGAUUUUGAGAAGGGGAAAGAGUUCAACAUCACAUUUCUUAGGAAAAUGAGAAGCAAGCAUCGUCGAACUCAAGAAGCGUCCAGAUGAAUGUUACAGAGUUUUAUCACUCAACCAGAGUCAGAAACCAUUGAAAAACAGUCAUCCAAUAUAUCUUUAACACAGGGGAGUCCAUUUUCAAAAUCAUUUUUUCGGCAAGUUGUAUUUUUAAUAUUUUAUCAGCAUAACUAAUUGAAAUAUUUUUAUCACAUGAUCAAAAUUAAUAAUUAUUUUAUCUCGAGCAAUUCAUCUUUAAAUCCAACUUUUGGAUACUCACUUAGAGAUUUUUCUAAGUGAGUAUGCAGAAGUUGAAUUUAAAAGACUCGAGGUAAAAUAAUUAUUACUAUUGGUCAUGCGAAUAAAAAAUAUUUCAACCAGUUAUGCUGAUGAAAUUUUAAAUAUACAGCUUGCUGAGAAGAUGUUUUUGUUUCUCUUCAAGUUGGAUGAGAAUUGACUCCCCUGUGUUAAAGAUAUAUUGGUAGAAUGUUUUUCAAUGGUUUCUGACUCUGGUUAAGCGAUAUUCAUCUUGAUGCUUCUUGAGAAUGUUGCGGGAGGAUUUUAAAUAUGCAGCUUGAAUAGAUGUUUUUGAUUCUCUUCAAGUUGGAGGAGAAUGUUACGUGGUAGUUGUUCAAAAGCUUCGACAAUGAAGGCAGUGGGCCUUGAAAACGAGGCCUAAAAAAAAGGAAAGUUUCAAGCUCUAAUUUAUCUGAAUUAUACAGAUGUUUCCAUUUAUUUAACUUACACUUGUUGUUCUUUGGAUCUCUCACACUAUUAGGAAUUUUGGAGAAUGUUUGUAUUGACUUGUAUGCCUUAUAAUUAGGUUUCAUCUUGCUUGCUCCUACUUGAGUUUAAGAGGCAAUAUUCCAUUACUCUUUAUCUCUCUCACCAUGUAAAAUACACAAGAAGUGAUUAUAAAAUUCUGAAAUGGUUAAGUUUCUCGCUUUUUGAUGUUAUUUCCACUAUAGUAUGUGUAAAUGAAAAAUAGAGUUUUGCGACUUCAACUUUCCAAGGUUACUUUUUAGUUUCUCUACAUUAGAUUUAUGAAAGAAUGAAAAUCUAAAUCUGUAUUUAAAUUUUAAAAAUGAUUGUUAAAUUACAAAUAAAUUGUAGCUCUGUAUUUUUAGAGGUCCAACUUAGGAAGUUACAUAACAGAGUAACAAAUUGAUUGAUAAGAAUAAGAUACUUAGUCUAUCACACCCUACCAGUCGUGAAAUAUCAACUGAGUCACUGACAUGUGCAUUGCAUUUACUAAGUUUUAGGUUUUAGUGUUUUAUACAAGUAUGAUAGCUCUACAUAAUUAUAAGCCUAAGAGACUCGAGCUUUAAUUUUCCUAUUGCCCCGGUCUUCAUACUUUAACUCACCAGAGGUUUGUUAAUUAAAAAACUUAAUCAUAAUAUUGGGUGAGGGCUAAAUAAAUAGAAAGAUUGAAUAGUGAAUAUAAACCUACAAAUAACUUUGUUUGGUGAUAGGAUUAAAUUCAAGACCAAAAAUCUAGAGUUAAAUGUUAAUUACCUAGGGCCAAAUGAUUAGAUUUCUACUUCAUUUGGCUGAACUAUUCUGUAGCCUGUAGGUGCAUGGUGUUCAUUCUUCUUCAAGAACCCUUAAUUGGGGUAGAAGAAUUAGUUUGGCUUUGCAAACGGCUAAAGCUAUUAUAUACUUCAUUCAUCAAACCCACCUGUGAUCAUUAGUUAUACUAAAUCUUCUAAUGUUCUUAUUGAUCAAAAUUAUAAUGCUAGAUUAGGUGAUUUUGGUUUAGCACUUACAUGAUAGGGUAAGGUCCUAUGGGUUAUCUUGAUCCUUUUAUGUCACUCCUGAUAAUUUGAGUACUGAGAUUGAUGUUUUUAGUUUUGGUAUUUCAUUGUUGGAGAUUAUAAGUGGAAGGAAAGCAAUUGAUGUUUCUUAUUCGCCGCCAUCUGCUGUGGAUUGGGAUAUUCCACUUAUUAAGGGAAAGUUUGCAGUUUAUGAUCCUAGAAUACCACCUCCUAAGGAUCCUGUUGUGAGGAAACAAUUGACUUUGAUUGAGGCGAAAUGUGUUAGGUCUUGUAGGGAAAGAAGGCCUUCGAUGAGCGAGGUUGUUAAUUGCCUUUGUGGGUUGUGUAAAUUGGUUCCGACUUCCGAAUCAUUCGUGGAGUGGUUUCAAUGUUAAUAACCCUUGAAUGAUGGUUGAAACAGUUGGACGUCUGAUUUAACCGAGAAACAGCCAGUUAAGUAGUUCAAGGUUUGCGGAAGAUGGGAAUUAUGGUGGUUUGGAUGUAGAUUGUUGAAGUCUGUAUUGAGAUAUUAGAGGAGAGUGUAUUCAGAUUUGGGGUUUAGCAGUAAUUUGAUGGAUCUUAUGGCUACGACUGAGGAGGCGGAAUUUAUACGAGAUGCUGAUGGUGUUGUUCAAACUAGUUCUAAAUCAGUUGAACAAGUUUCUAGUUCUAAAUUUAAAGCAGGAUGUGUAAAGGCCACAUUUUUUGUACACAGCAUCUCUGCCAACAAUUUGGAUUGAGAUUUGAAAUGGGAUGUUGAUUUGAUACUUGAAAGAUGAAGUAGACAUACUCUAAAGAGCGGCCACAAUCAAUUUAAUCCAAUGCUGCAAGUUGUUGGCUAGAUUAUUGGCUGAUCAUUGGGAUUGCCUAAACGCUCUCGGGUUAAAGGUUUAUUAAAAUGAGGUAGGACUAUAUUGGAAGAGGAUACCCUACUUUUCUAUGUUCAAGUUCUUAAAAAAACUAAAUAUGGGUGUUGACAGUAUCGGAAUAUCGAUGUUAAUUUCUUUCCUUGUAUUAGCCAUCAAAAGUAAGCAUUUUUUUUAUAUAUAUCUUAGAAAAUUAAGAAAAGUGAAGUUUAAAAUAAAAGGGCAAAGUCGCAAACCCUACGCAGCCACGCCUUCAGUUGUUCCGCCGUUUCUCUUAAACUCGGGUAAGGGCAUUGAAAACCCUAAUGUAAUCAUCAUAUUUAUUGGAUCUUAGUAAUGCUUGUUAUUUGUGAUUUCUCUAAUUUUUGUGUUUGUUUGUUUUCCUUUGAAUAUAGUUCACAUACCUCGUGUUUUCUUAAGAUCUAUGUUUAAACCGUUCCCUAGAUCAUAUAAUUAAUCUUAGUAGAUUGAUUCGGAAUGAAAUAUAACUGAAAUGAAUGUGUCAGAUUCUCUGCGUGAUCCGCUUUGAUGAUAAUUGUUAACAAGGUUUUAAUUGUGCUGUGGUGGUGGUGCUAUUGAUUGCGAUUAGAUCUUAAAUGUGGUUAUGGUUGUGUGGCGGCUAUUAUAGGCUGAUUCAAAAUUUUGACUUAUGCUUCGGAGAUUACAAUGUAUUUUGACUCCUUUUAUGUAUCGGCAUCGAUUACAUAUUCGAUACCAAUUCUCUCGGAUAUACAUAUCCGUGAAGUAUCCAAUUUUUAUUUAUUUUGAAAAUAUAAUUUAUCUAUUUCUAAGGCAGACUUUUUUAUCCGUCAAUUUCUCUGUGCAAGUGCUAAUGUCAAUACAAUAUCUUUGUGUGAGUGUGUUUGUGUCCAUUUAAACAGUUUUAUUCUCUGCCUAUACCUAUAAGUCCAUUUCAAUGCAUGACUCUUUUCAUUGUUAACUUGAUUCAUAUUUGUGCUAAUAAUAGUUGUAUUUAUAUUUUUUCGCAUUAAUAUUCACUUCAUAAUUACAGUAUUCUGGAUUUUUAUUCCAAAGUUGAAAUAAACAAUAUCCAACAGGUUCACUUCUCUGUAUUAUACUCUCGUUUAACAUGGAGUUCAACAUGCCCCAGUUAGCGGUACCAAGGAUCUACACUGGUCCAGUAGCCGGUGUCAAAGUGUUGGUUGUGGAUGCUAACUCAGCAUGCCGAGCAGUUAUAUCAAAAUCGCUUCUUUCACUUGGAUAUGAGGUUGCAACUGCUACACUAGCUUCCGAGGCUUUAUCCAUUAUCGGAGAGAAAAAGAAUGAAAUCAAUCUCGUGCUUGUGGAGGCUCAGUUGCCUGACAUGGAAAUAUAUGAGCUUGUAGCGAAAAUGAAAAGCUCUAAUAUUCCAUCUUUCAUUAUGACUUCUUAUGAUGAUGACAUUCUGUCCAUUACACAAGCGCUACAUAUAGGAGCUAAAUGGUCUUUUAGAAAACCGGUUCGGAUUUCUGAUCUACAACAGCUGUGGCGAUUCGCAGUGUGGAACCGGUUUGAACGAGCAUUCUGCGAAGAAGUAUUUUACUAUUGGUGGCCAGAAGUGGUUACGAAUGGUAAAGCACAAGAAUCUUUUGAUAAUAAAGAUACUAUAGUACUCCUGAAAACCAGAAGGCGUACCUGGACUGAUGAUUUACAUAGGAAGUUCUUGGAUGCUGUUCAAACAGCAGGAAUAAACGCUCCACCGAAGACAAUAUUCGAGCUUAUGGAUGUGGAAGGACUUAAGAAAGAGAGUGUUAGAAACUAUUUAAAGAAAUAUCGUCAAUCUAUGAAUCUACAUGCUAGUCCAAUGGGACAGCAUGUGAAUGGAGAUGUGUCUCUGACUAAGAAAAGUCGAGGAAAACGCUCUCUAUCCUUAGGGAGUCAAGGUGUUACCGACAAUCCAGCUUUCAAUCAGAAGGAUCUAAGUAAUUUUGUACCUGCAUCUGAAAUAAUCAGCCAGGUUGUAAAUACUGCUGAUGGAAAAGUUUCUAACGCAGGACAACAAUUGAAUUUUUCAACCCUGCUGGCCUUUAACAUGUCCGAUCAAUUUUUCCCAGCACUUCCUAUUGCUCUACUACCAAUAGAAAAAAAUGAAAAGAUUGAUGAAGUUUAUAAUGCAAAAGAAAGUCAGAUGUUUACUGAUGAGGAUUUGAAAAUGUGGUUGUCGACAAUUUCAGACAAUGUGACUCAAGAUGCUGUUGCUUGAAGCUGUGGAAGGAUGGCAAGAAAAUAAGAAUUUUCUCAAUAACUUUAUUUUUUCUGUCAUUUUUGCAUCGAGAAUUUGAUAUUAUCACUGGUAAUUGCUAGUUUUGAUUUAAGUAUUCAUAUAUGGAACUUGUUUAAAGAGGAUGGCAGCGUCAACAUUAAUACUUGUUUGCUUAUAUAUGAUGAAACCUAAACAAGGAAUAACAUUCUGUUCUUAAUAUAUAUCCAUUCUACA